UCAAGAUUGCAAGUGAAACGCACUCUUCUGGGAGCCCUGAAGGAAACCCAUUUGGAGCAGCCAUGCGUGUGAUCGUCCUCGCACUCCUGCUAACUCCAUCGUUGGCCUCGUGGGAAAAGGACUGCGGCCGGCCAGCCGUUCAGCCGGCCCUCGACUCCGGAGACCGACUCGUCGGCGGACAAGCGGCCCUCCCCGGGAGCUGGCCCUGGCAGGCAUUCCUUCCUGUCCUGCCCGGAGAUCACUGCGGCGGAGCCCUGAUCGACGACCGGCACGUGAUCACCGCUGCCCACUGCGCAGUUAUUCCAACAGCGCGGAACAUGACGGUUCAUCUCGGCUCACACCAGCGAACAGUGAAAGACGACUCGGAGGUGCACAUCGCCGUUGAAGAUAUCUGCGUCCACCCCGGAUUCUUGAAUGACAAAAGCGCGGGUCGCACAACAGAUAUUGCGAUCCUCAGGCUGCGUCAGAAGGUAAACUUCACCGAAACUAUUCGCCCGGUAUGCUUGCCAGAAAACGGCCAGAAGGUGACAUCGGGAUCGGAGAUCUACGUUACUGGCUGGGGUUUCACAAAAGACGGUGUUGCGGAUGCCCCCAGUGAACUGCAUCAGCUCAUGAUUAAGGCAGUCUCCAACGAGGAGUGCCACAAGGAUGUGUACAACCAAAUCAACGGCAGUGUAUUUUGUGCAUCCCAUGACCAUGGAUCCGUCUCUGGGGGCGACAGUGGCAGCCCCGCAGUGCAGAAGGUGAACGGGCGCUGGACGCAGCUGGGCAUUGUCUCCGGGGAGCCCCACAUGUGCUCUGGCAGGCACCUGCCGCAAGUCUUCACCCAGGUCUCUUCCUACGUUACCAACUUCGUCGUUCCCUAUGUGAAGCACGGAAUCUGCCCUCGGCCUGGCGGCACCCAAUAAAAGCUGCUUUUAGUUUUGA